CAGAACAGAGUCUGGACGAAAUGAAAUUGGAAGGAGUGGAUCAGAGACUUACAUAGUACCAGUUAGAACCCUGUUGUGGGGUUGAGGUGAUGCUUUCGUUGACGUUAUCUGGUUGUUGAGAGCAAACCUGCGAGUCUGGGACCUUGCUCCGUCAGUAUGACGUCGUUUACAUCUUGCUUAGGGUUUGAGAUAUCAGAAGGUUGCUAUAUAGCUGGCCUUGUCACAUCCUCAGUCGUUAUCGAAUUAAUUAAUUCUCAUUAUAUCCUCCAUUGGAACUUGCAAAGUCUAUCCAAUUUUUCGUUUUCAACAAUUACACCACUACCACCACCACCGCCAACCACCACAAUGGAUCUCCAAGGAAACCCUCUCCCUCACGGCAAGCGCAGCACAAAGGUCACCAACGACCCUGCCGCCACCCGCAACCCCAUCCACGAGUCCACUGGUCCCGUACAGAGCGACUCUCUAGCCGCCGAAUCCACCGCCCACGGCGGCGGAUUCUCCCAAAACCGCAGCAUCCACACUACCAGCACCACAACCACCCAACAGACCACCUCCGGCGCAACCAAGCUCCCAUCAGCGCCCGUCGGCGGCCUUCGCGAAGACCGCAACCGCCAAGAGAAGUACCCCGAAGCCCUCGGCGGCCAGGGCGACUUCCCCGGCGUCCACGGAUCCGGUUAUGUCGGCGGUCCCACCGCCGCUAAACAGCAGCAAGCUGCCGCUGCCAGUGGAAGCGGAAGCGGAUACUCGCACAUCGGCGGACAGGCGCCGUCGUAUGUCUCGGAUGUGACGGGCCUGCCUGGUCAGAGCAAGCCUAAGGGCAAGAAUUUGCAUGAGGGUGGCUUUGAUGAUGACCCGCGCCACAAUGCUAGCUUCAACUCCGAGAUUGGAAACCAGAAUGACCCUUCCCGUGCUGCGGAGCGGACUUUCCAGAGUCGCGCUGCUGAGGGUGGUGUUGAGGUCGGCGGUGCGAGGCAGAAGAACGUUGAGUCUCACCAUGGGGGAUUUGAGGCGCUUGAGCGGGAUCAGCGUGCUUAAGGGGUUGAUGGUUGUAUGAUUUGAUGAAAAGCUUAAUAAUCAAUGAUUGGAAAUAACCGAUUCGUACUGUUUCCAUAACCUAU